AUGAUGUCCUCAAAUAUACUCUCGCGCUUCCUUCCACCAACAGACUCGCCAUCCGUCUAUGAAGCCAUCCGAGAACACGAUGCCGAAUCCGAUUCCUCUGAUGUUGAAGAACGCGCAGGCAUGGGCCCGAUGGCGAACCAGGAACAUUUCAGUGAUGGAGAGCUGGAGGAUGCGUUGGCAGAUGCAAGGGAUAGCCAGCUGUCUAGCCCAACUGCAGCCCUGCUGAGUCGGCCAUCACCAAAGGCGAAUCCUCGCGGCUCUCCGUCAGUGUCGCGUCGUCGAAAACCUUCUAGACCUCGAUGGAUGACGCAGGCGUCGCCACAGGGAUAUGAAUUUGAUGAUCGAGAUGAUGAUGUGCCACAGUCACUUUUGGUGGAGGGACAUGACGAUGAGGACCUGAAGUCACGGCUCCCUCCCCCGCCUCAGAUGAUGCCCAGUCGCUCCAGAACCCCCAGUCCUCAACCAUCUCCCCAUCCUGCACCCUCACGACGCUGGGAAACAUCCCAUAAUCGUCACACCUCAGAUACUGAUAACCGUCAUCCUUGGACGCGGUGGUUUUAUGGACAACAUCUGAGCCUAGCUAACGUUGACCCUAAGAAGAAAGCCAUGUGGCGCUGGGCGAAUGUGGAGGACUUGGAUAACUUUUUGAAAGAUGUGUACAUCUAUUUCUUGGGAAAUGGAUUUUGGUCCGUUCUUCUGAGUCGCGCCUUGAACCUGUUGACCUUUGCCUUUGUAGUGGGGUUCUCCACAUUUCUCACCAACUGCGUCAAUUACCACAAGGUUCGGGGCAGCAAAUCACUGGACGAGAUCUUAGUCCCCAAAUGCACAUCGCAGAUGUCUGGCUCGACACUUUUUUUACUAUGGUUGUGCACUUUCUUCUGGAUUGGGAAGCUCUUCCAAUAUUUGCUGGACAUCCGAAGGCUCCAGCACAUGCAUGAUUUCUAUUACUACUUGCUUGGAGUCUCGGACGGAGAAGUACAAACUAUCGCGUGGCAGGAAGUUGUCAGUCGGUUGAUGACGUUGCGAGAUUCUAAUCCAGCCACGGCAGCGGCAGUAUCUGCCAAACACCGACGAUUCAUGGGCAGCCAGUCCAAGCAGCGAAUGGAUGCUCAUGACAUCGCAAAUCGUCUGAUGCGCAAGGAAAAUUACAUGAUCGCCUUGGUCAACAAAGACAUAUUGGAUCUGACGUUGCCCAUCCCAUUCCUGAGAAAUCGUCAGCUUUUCUCUCGCACGUUAGAAUGGAAUCUCAACUUAUGCAUCAUGGACUACGUUUUCAAUGAACAAGGUCAGCUGCGCACCUUAUUCCUUAAGGAUACCCAUCGAAGAGCGCUUAGUGAUGGGCUGCGGCGACGCUUCAUAUUUGCUGGCAUCAUGAAUAUUUUUGUCGCGCCAUUCAUCGUGGUCUACUUCCUUAUGCAUUACUUUUUCCGCUAUUUCAAUGAGUUCAAGAAGAACCCGGGCCAGAUCGGAUCACGUCAAUAUACCCCACUUGCGGAGUGGAAGUUUCGCGAGUUCAAUGAGCUUUGGCAUCUGUUUGAGCGUCGAAUCAAUAUGUCUUAUCCAUUUGCCAGUCGCUACAUCGACCAAUUUCCCAAGGAUAAGACAGUUCAGGUAGCACGGUUCGUGGCAUUCAUCUCUGGUGCGUUGGCUUCUGUACUUGCUCUUGCGUCACUGGUGGACCCCGAGUUAUUUCUUGGAUUUGAAAUCACUCCUGACCGCACCGUUCUCUUUUACCUGGGUAUCUUUGGUACGGUCUGGGCAUUUGCACGUGGGCUGGCUCCCGAAGAAACCGACGUCUUUGAUCCCGAAUACGCACUUCUCGAGCUGAUCGAUUUCACUCACUAUUUUCCGAACACCUGGAAGGGCCGCCUGCACAGCGAUGAUGUGCGCAAAGAAUUCGCUGUCUGCUAUCAGAUGAAGAUCGUCAUCUUCCUCGAGGAGAUUCUUAGUAUGAUUUUCACGCCCUUCGUGCUGUGGUUCAGCCUACCCAAAUGUAGUGAUCGUUUGAUAGACUUCUUUCGCGAGUUUACCGUUCAUGUUGAUGGGAUGGGCUACCUUUGCUCCUUUGCGGUCUUUGAUUUCAAGAAAGGCACAAAUGUCAUGUCCGCUGGCCGGAGAGACACACCCGGCAAACAAGACCUGCGGGCGGAUUACUUCUCGACAAAGGACGGAAAGAUGCUUGCUUCAUACUACGGGUUCUUGGAUCACUAUGGCACCAACAACCAGCCUGCUGGACGACGGCCUUUCCAUCCGCCCCCGAAUCUGCCCACGCUUGGGCCUCACGAGAUGGGCGGUCUCCAUGAUCGAUUUGAUCCCCAGCCACGAUCGGGACCGAUGGGACAAUUUGGUCCGUCCCUUGUAGCAUCGAGAUUUAGAUCCAUGGCAGCCGACCAUACUCGCUCACCAACCACAUCUAUGCUUUUGGACCCGCAUAAUCAGCCAUCCACAUCUGGCUUCCGCCCCGGACGGACUGCCCCCUACCCCCGUUCCCGCCUUGCUCGGUCACAGCACCCCAUGUCUGAUACCGCUGAAGACGACGAGUCGCCAUCGGAGACUCGUGAUUCUUCAACCCGUGCUCCACGCCCCACUGGUGCGUCAAGUGGCGGCGUUGGCACGAGCGAUGGAGAGUUGGGAGAUUCUUGGCGAAUGAAUCCACUAGCCAAUGAAGAGGGAGCUGCCGAAGGCAAUGAGGGUGAGAAUCUGGAUGACAUCGCUGGAGGAGCCGGUGUUCUGGGCCUCAUACAACAGUUCCAGAAAGCCAAUACGGAUGGUCGACGGACUACGGUUGGAAUAUAG